GCCUCCCCAAUAGGCGUCCGCACGAUCACAUACGCGCAAACCUAGACAUACUGUCCUUCGAUCGACGUACCAGCCUCCGCGAAAGCCCUGCUUGUAUACGUAGGCCGGGUUGCAGCUUUGGCCCAACCAGUACUCCAGAGCCAAAAGAGUCCCAGUCCAUCCGCGGCGGGGAUAAACGCUAGACAUCGUAAAAAGACAGCAAAAUGGCCGCCCUGGCCGGCGCCUGGGCGCGCGAGGUCGCCGCCGACGCCUGGCCCGGCCCCGUCAACGAAGGCGCACCGAGAGCUACACGAUUGUUUGUGGCCGGCGGCGCUACCCACGCGGGCAAGUCGACCGUUUGUUUAGGCAUCCUCCAAGCAGCUCUGGAAAAGUACGGCGCUUCCAAUAUAGCCUACGUCAAGGCCGCCACCCAAGAUGAAAGAGAAGACACGGUGUCGCGGUGGUGCUCUACAAAUAAAGUCGAGUAUCGUUCGGGAAAGCAUUGUCCUAUUGUGUACUACGCGGGCUUUACAAGAGCGUUCCUCGACGGCUCGGCGGGCACGUCGGCCCAGUGGUUGGAUAGAGUCGCAUCAGUAGUGGACGACCUCGCCCAGAACCGGAAAUUCGUGCUGGUGGACGGCGUCGGCUUCCCGGCCGUCGGGAGCAUCUGCGGCACGUCGAACGCGGAUGUCGCCAAACGCCUCGAGGCGCCCGUUUUGUUAGUGGUGAAGGCGGGCGUCGGGGCUGCUAUCGACGAGGCGAAUUAUGGCACGGCCUUCUUCGGGUCGCGGGACGUGCCCGUGCUAGGCGUCGUCUUGAACAGAAGCGCCUCUCAGGGCUUCUACGCUAGAGAGAAGAUUCUCGCGCCCGUGCACGCGUACUUCGCCAAAACUAGAUUGGGGCUGUACGGCGUCAUUCCCGACGAGCCGUCGCUGACGAAUCUGAGGAACGAGGCCGCGUCGUCGGACAUCGACACGGCACCGGUUGCAACUCACGUGCGGAAGCACGUCGAUGUCGAGCAAUUGAUGUCAGACGCGGCGCGCGACCCCUGGAAUUCUCGUAGAGCGCCGCCCUCCUCUACAGCAAUGGACGCCAUCGACGCCGACGAUUUGCGGCUGCGCAUCCAGCAGGCCGCGGCGCAGCUGGGGGCCGAGGUCGUCAAGGAGAAGUGCUGAGGCGGCGGGUGAAGUCGUAUUCCUCCCCCUUGCGUGAUUCGUGACGGCCCGUACCUACUCAGUAGUGGGGUGCGGGCCCGAGUAAUUGCUCCAUUUA